UGUGGGAAAGUGGACCAAGACGCACACAUACCACUGGCACUGGGAGCAAGUGGACUUGUUUGACUUUAUGAACCCAUCACAAAGGAAAUAAUUCAGGACACAGAGUGUAAUUCUGGAGUAGCGGAUGCAUAACUUACCUGUUGGAAGCAGCAGAUGACAGUUUUUCACUUUUUUUAAGUGUAUUUUUUUGUUGCGUCUGUCUGUGACUUGUCUUGGGGAGACUCGUAUGAGCGUCCGGAUCAUUCACUGACCUGCACAGAAAGUGGAGAAUUUUGUGCAUGUGACUGUUUUGGUCAGGUGUUUUUAAAAGGAGAAGAAGAAGAGAUCGGCGCUGUUAUCAUGAAUCUGACGCAGCGAAUUAAACUGCUGAAACACUUUGGCUCUAUGCCCCCUGAGCCCCCACCACCACUGCUGGUGGUCCCUAAACCAGGCAUGGAGGAGUUAACAAUAUGGGAGCAACAUACAAUAACGCUAAAUAAAGAUCCCAAACUGGGUUUUGGUUUUGCCAUAUCAGGAGGCAGAGAUAAGCCUAACCCAGAUAACGGAGAUACGGCUGUGGUGGUGUCAGAUGUGCUGCCAAGUGGACCAGCCAUGGGACGGUUGUUCAAUAAAGACCAAAUUGUGAUGGUCAACGGUGUCUCUAUGGAUAAUGUCUACUCUAACUACACCAUUCAGACCCUCAAGUCUUGCGGGAAGACGGUGAACAUUACAGUGAAACGGCCUCGAAAAAUCCAGAUCCCAGCAACCACCAGACCGUCACGGGCAGCCUCCCACUCCAACCUGCUGGAUCAGGACCCUCCCAGGCGAACACGACGCUUCUCUGAUGGCAGCGACAACCGAGACUCGAACAGCCGUGCACGUGCUCGCAGCUCCUCCCCUGACCGUAAUGGGCAUGGAAACACGCUGCCGCUGAUGUCUGGAUACAAGAGGCUGCCGCAAAACAAAGCUGCAGACAGACCCAUCAAGACCACUUUAGUUAAAAAGAAAGUCACAGAUGAGUAUGGAUUGAAACUGGGCAGUCAGAUUUUUAUAAAGCACAUGACAGAAAGUGGCCUGGCUGCAAAAGAAGGCACACUGCAAGAAGGAGACCUGAUUCUCAAGAUAAAUGGUAUGACGACAGAGAAUCUAUCCCUGCUGGAAACCAAACACUUGGUGGAGAAGAGCAGGGGCAAACUGACCAUGACGGUCCUCAGGGAUGACCGGAAGUUCCUGGUCAGCAUCCCAGAGGUGGAGGACAGUGCCCCCAACAGUGAGGAGGACCAUCGCAGAGACAGCAGCUCGGAGCUAGAGGAAAUUUCAGAUAUUGACGAAGACCUUACCUCUCGCAGAACAUCACGUCAACCCACCAGAGAGAAACGGACGCGCAGAAGAGCUGAAGCGCCACCACGAGCUAAGUCUCAGGACUCCUCACCUGUGCGCUCCACACUGAGCCGGCCUCCUGUCAGAACCUACCCGCCUCGCAGAGCUCCAUCAGACUCCGAGUCGGACCGCAGUGCAUCUCCUCCUCCUGCCAGAAGAGAAAGUCCAGAAAUGAGGGACCCGUCCAGCAAAUACAAACCUCUGUCAGGAAUGUCCACACUCCCCAACCCACGGUCCUCUCCUUUACACCCCACCUGGACGGCGUCUCGCCCCACCUCCUCUGCCUCACGGCCCCGCAGGCCGGUUUCAGAGUCUGACUCUGAUCGCAGUGCCUCCCCACCUCCACGCAGAGAGAGCCCCCGCCUUGAUGGCAGAUACAAAGUUCUUCCUGAUCUUCCUCAAGCAAGUCUGAAAUCUGCCCCCAUCCCCGUUCGCCAGGAGCCACCGAGGAGGGUCAACUCUCCUGUUAGAGCCCCACCUCCAGAUUCUGAUUCUGAUUCGGAAAGCUUCGCGGGGCCUCCUCAGAGGCAGAGCACCACGUACAGUCAGGACUCCUACAGCAGAUACAGAGUCCUGCCAGAUGUUUCCCUGCAGGCAGACUCACCACAAAGGGGGACAGCUGUCAGCCUGUCACAGAAAGCUCCCUCAGACUCUGAAUCAGAGGCCAGUUACACAGUCCCGCGCAGGAGCUCCACAGACAGCGGAAACUCCAACACAGCCAACGACAGACACAGACUACCGCAAAAGAAAUCUCCUUCAGUCGCUGUGAAGCAAGAACCUUCACGCCGGGCUCCGUCACCCAUCAAACCACCUCCCGAUGAUUCCUCAGAGUCUGAUCAGCUUUCACAUCUCAGGAGGUCUGGCAGCUCGGAGCGAGAGCAGAGCCACCGCAGUAUUCCUCGUGCUGCGAAUGGAGGCGGCACACUCCGGUCUGGAAUUUCACUAAAUAGCAACCCACCACUCUACUCCAAGCCAGCAGAAGAACCCAUCUACUCUCUACCUCCAGAUUCUUAUCCAUCAUCUAAUCCAGGGUAUAGCUCAGAUUUGCAAUCAGUGACUUUUGUAAAAGAGCGCAGUGUGGGCCUGAGACUUGUGGGAGGCAAUGAUGUCGGUAUCUUUGUAGGCGGAGUUCAGCCAAACAGCCCAGCAUACGAACAGGGAAUAAAAGAAGGAGACCAGAUCAUGAAGGUAAAUAAAGUUGAUUUUGGUCAUUUCACCCGAGAAGAAGCUGCCAACUUCCUCCUCAAAAUCCAAACAGGAGAAAAGGUGGAAAUCUGCACACAGACCAAAAUGGACCUUUAUAAGAAGAUCAUGAAGUCCAACCUGGGAGACAACUUCUACAUCCGAACCCACUUUGACCACGAGUCAACCCCCCCCAUCGGUCUGAGCUUCACCAGAGGAGAGGUGUUCAGGGUCAUGGACACGAUGCACCGUGGGAAGAUGGGCAAAUGGCUGGCUGUGCGCAUGGGGAAUGAUCUGCAUGAGAUGGAAAAAGGCACCAUCCCCAACCAGGAUGCGGCGGAGAAGCUGGCCAGCAUUGAGCGGACACAGCGGGCCACUGGAGAGAGGCCGGUCUCAGGGCCGAGAGCAGAGUUCUGGAAACUACGAGGGCUCAGAGGAAAUAAAAAGAAUGAGAAGAACACCAGACGGACCCGUGAGGACCUGCUGCAGCUCACCAUUCAGGGCAACUUUCCAGCCUAUGAACGAGUCCUGCUCAGGGAAGCUAAUUUCAAACGGCCCAUUGUUAUCCUGGGUCCUCUGAAUGAUAUCGCCAUGGAAAAGCUGGUCAAAGAGAUGCCUGAUGAAUACGAGAUGGCAGAGAUGGUUCCUCGCAGUGGAGGAGAGAGCAGCUCCACAGUCAUUAAACUGGAAACUGUGAAGAAAAUAGCAGAGAAGGACAAGCACCCUCUGCUGGACAUCACUCCCACUGCAGUGGAGAGGCUGAACUACAUCCAGUACCAUCCCAUGGUGCUGUUCCUCGACCCUCACAGCCGCAAAGAUGUAAAGAUAAUGAGGCAGAGGUACAGCCCCAACUCCAGCAAGAGCUCCAGGCGCCUUUACUCACAGGCGGUUAAGAUGAGGAAACACUGCAGCCACCUUUUCUCUGCUCAUGUUGACCUACAGCCCAGUUCAAACAGCUGGUAUGAUAAUCUGAAGAAUACGAUUCGCCACCAGCAGUCCAAACCUGUCUGGGUGUCUGAAGUCACGUUGGAAAGUGGGGGAGAACCGGAUUUAGAUGCUCUGGACCAAACCCAGACUGACUACCUCAGCGCUGCUAGUGAUAUGGAGGACACUGACGGAGAGGCCUUCACAGAUGGAGAGGCCUACACCGACAACGAUGAUGUGGAAGAGGCUUACCCCGGUCAGAUUGCAGCCAGAGUCCCUCGAGGGACCGGAGCUGCUUUAGCCCGAUCAUCUGAACCGGCUGCUAGCCACCACAGCCCAGCAACAGAACCAGAUCCAAGCUUUGACCCAUACUCUCUUAAAGAAAUCCCUCCAUUGAUGUACGUACCCGAACCCAGGUCAUCCCGCCGGGAAAGUUACAGCCCGCCUCCCAGUGCUGAGGAGGAGGAAGAUCUCAAUCAUCGCAGUUUUACAGACUCAGACUUCAGCGCUCUUGAUGCCGUUGGGCCCACCACUCCGUCAGAUGGGCCACCAGAUUUUGUAGCCCCCAACCCGACUCGAUACUUGGUGAAUGAGCCUUCAUACGCUGAGGAGCAACGAGAGAGCUCCCAACACGCCAGCCUGUCAACCAUCGAAGAAAAGUUACAACAGACUCGCCAGGCAGAGCCGCAGGCAGAGCCUGAGGGAAAGAAAGGUCCUUCGUUCCUCGUCCUGGCACAUCACGAAGCAGUCCAGUUCAGACGCACCCGGAUCCAAGGCAGCGACAGCUCUGAGCAGGAAGAAGAGGAUGAGGACAUGGAAUGGGGUCCUGCAACUGAACUCUAGACAACGUGAUGACUAAAGCUGCUGACUACUGAUCCGACAUGGACACCAUAACAGUUUCACUCCUUCAACACGUUAUUUUUCUUUGAUUAUUGUUCUUUUUCAUUUAUAUAAAGAGAACCUUGUUAUCCAAGUGUAGAAUAGUGGAAAAUUCAAGAUUACUGCAACCACUAAUUUAACAUCAGAUAAAAGGUUCUCAGAUAAAAGUUACAAAGUGCCUUUUUGUUUUGUUUUUAAAACUUUUAAUGUGAAGCACAAUUUGUCCAUUGCUAUCACUGUUGUAAUAUAGAAGUCUUAGAUGUAAUAGAAAUCAUCUUUAACAAGUCUUUUUUAUGGAAACACCAAGUCAUUUAUUAAUUAUAUAGAUGCUUUCUUUUCUUCUCUUUUUUUUUUUAGUUUUUCUACAUUAAACAGUUUCAUGAUUUCAAAAUAAGUUUGUUCUUUGAAGCAAAUGAUAAAGCUUAGAGACAUCUGAUACGUCAGUUAUAGUUUUUAAACUACUACCACACUUUAUUUGUGGGAAAUUAUAUCUGUGCUUGAUCAUCAGGCCAAAGACUCACAAGUUUAUGGACAUAAAGUGCAUUUAUACACCUAAAUACACCUAAAAAGAAAGAAAUUCUCUGAAACCUGAGGCCUCACCACCUGCAAAUCAAAUGUCUAUUUCAGACAGAUGGUUCUUGUUCCUAAACAUGUAGCCCACCUAUAAAUUAUGACUCCCUCUUCCUCAGGUGGUACCCCAAGUGUAGAGAAUCAACUACUUUAACAAGUAUUCAGUGUAAAGUGACCUUUACCUUGGUAAAUUUCAUACACCAAAGUGCACCUGAACGCAGCAUGUAAUAAUGAACUAUGUUCUAUAUCAACACUACCAGGUUACACAGCACUUAUAUAGUAUAAAUUUUCCAUCUUCCUUACAAGGGCUAAUAUCUGUGUCAAAACUGCUCAUAUUUUAUGAAGAUGAUGCAAAGGUCAUAAAACCACCAGAUGUGACAACUAUGUAAAGUUAAACAGCUAAAGAUGUUGAAGAAAGACUGACAAAACUCGUGACUGGAAUUAAAGCAAGUUUUUAACAGUAUCUGUGAACUUCAAGUCAUUGCACAACAUUG